AUGACCCGCUAUGCAUUAGAGCGUUGCACCGUCGCGGACAGCGAUGCAAUCAGCCGCAACAACAUGUCGGCUUUUUGGCAAGACGUAAACUGGGUGCUGUCGUGGCGCCACACCACUCUUGAAAAACACAUCAUCGAGUCGGCCAAGCGGUAUCCGCGCAACUUGUUAAAGGACCGCGACAACACGCGCCACCAAAAGGCCAUCGACCCCGAGACUGGCCGCCUCGUAGGUUAUGCGCGCUGGCUAAUUCCCGCCGCGCACGCCGUCACAGAUAUAGGCACGCCGGUGUGGCCCGAGGCCGUGGUGCCGGCAGUGUCGCCGGAUGAGGAAGCCGAGUUUGAACGCAUUGCAGAGUCCGCCGACUGGAAGCCGGAUGUUACGUCGGAUCCACUGGACCACGAAAUGGUAGAAAUUAGAAAGGAGCUCAUGACGGGGAGGGAUUACAUGUUACUCGACUACCUGGCUGUUCAUCCAGAAAACCAACGUAAAGGAAUUGCUUCAUUGUUGGUAGAGAGUGGCAUUCGACAGGCAAAGAAGCUGGGCUUGGAUAUAUUCCUUGUCGCUCGGCCCGCUGGCAUGCCAGUUUACCAACGUGCUGGCUUCCAGAUAAUUCGAGAGCUAGUGCAGGAUGAUUCCAUAUAUGGGGGUCAAGGGGAAUGGCGAACCUAUUAUAUGAUAUACGAGACUCGACCCCGGUCCGAAACUCGUGCUGGUGUGUAG